AAUCUAUAAGUUUUCUGAACGCGCACCCCAUACACGAUCCGCUUUCACCCUUGUGCCGCCUGAGUAUUUGAUGAUAUUUAGGCGCAGAAAGUGCCUGGAAUUCAAAGUCGGGAUCGGUAUCGACGAGCACCUGUGGUAACGUCACGAUUCGCGUCCAUUAAUGUCAGGCAUCGCAAUUGCCAGGCUCGCCGAAGAGCGAAAAGCAUGGAGGAAAGAUCAUCCUUUCGGGUUUGUAGCACGACCAAUUAAAAAUCAAGAUGGAACUCUUAAUUUGAUGAGUUGGGAAUGUGCAAUACCCGGAAAGAAAUCUACACCAUGGGAAGGUGGAUUGUACAAGUUGAGAAUGAUCUUCAAAGAUGAUUAUCCAUCCAGUCCUCCAAAAUGUAAAUUCGAACCUCCCUUAUUUCAUCCGAACGUUUAUCCUUCGGGAACGGUGUGUUUGUCACUCUUAGACGAAGAGAAAGAUUGGAGGCCUGCUAUUACUAUCAAACAGAUCUUGCUCGGUAUACAGGAUUUACUGAACGAACCUAAUGUAAAAGACCCAGCUCAAGCAGAGGCAUAUACAAUAUACUGUCAAAAUCGUUUGGAAUAUGAGAAACGUGUCAAAGCCCAGGCUAGGGCAAUGGCUCCACAGGAAUAAAUCUAUACUAUGUCUUUCUAAAUUCUAAUAUUCCAACUAUAUAAAGUGGUUAUUUUAUA